AUGAGGACGGCCCUCCUCAGUCGUUUAUGCUUAAGACGUGGGAUCUCGCGCAUCCCGCAACGUCGAUUAAUAUCAUGGCGCGUUCCUCGAAAGACCCCAUCGCGGGGUCCCCUUCUCGGUGGGAUGGUGAUGGCCGUGCUAGCCCCCGGCGCAUUCCUCAAACUGGCGGAGGACUCGGACUGCCCCGAAACAACGGGUGAGCAACAGAUGCUUGAAGCUUCUCGAGAUGAGAUUCGAAUAAGUGUCUCACCAGAUGCUCGGGGGUUAACUCGUGUCUGCCAAACCCUUACCGUCGGGUUCUAUCACUAUGUUUACGAUCCAAUCGCUACUGGGUUCCGGUUCCUUCACCUCUUCGUCAUCUUCAUGCCUGUUAUUGUGACUGUACCUAUGAUAUGGGUUGGUCGAGCGCUUGAGAGUAAUAAUGGAGCGCAAUGGGGAACAAUAUGGUGGUAUCGAUUCCUGGUCAAGGCGAUGGAGCGCGCUGGACCAGCUUUUAUCAAGCUUGGUCAAUGGGCUGCUUCUCGAACCGAUAUAUUCCCUCCUGAGAUGUGCACCGUUAUGUCCUCCCUCCAUUCGAACGCGCCUGCCCAUUCUCUACGCGACACCAAGAGAAUCAUCCGAAAGGCAUUCAAUGGCCUGCCAUUCGAAGACAUAUUCGAAGAGUUUGAAGAAGAGCCUUUGGGUGUAGGCGCGAUUGCACAGGUCUAUAAAGCCAAGCUCAAGCCUAGCUUGGCUACCAGCAACCCGGAACUGGGUGAUGAGCCUACGACACUGGGGGAGAAAAUGAGAAAGAACGUUGACGUUUUGGUGAAGAGCUCACCCCAAAGAGUCCCUUCAUCAUAUGUGGCGAUCAAAGUAUUGCAUCCCCGAGUGGAGAAGAUGAUCCAUCGUGAUCUGAAAAUAAUGUCGUUCUUCGCCUCAUUACUAAAUACCAUUCCCACAAUGAAUUGGCUAUCCUUUCCGGACGAGGUCCAGCAAUUUGGGGAGAUGAUGAAGCUCCAGUUGGACAUGCGCAUCGAAGGCACCAAUCUUGUUAGGUUCCGGGAGAAAUUCAAGACACGGACCACGGCGUGGUUCCCUUACCCGUAUCUUGAUUACGCAACUCGAGAGGUGUUAGUUGAGGAAUUCGCGCAAGGCAUCCCACUGGCCACUUUUCUGGAAAUUGGAGGCGGUGUUUAUCAGCGUGAGAUCGCUAAUGAGGGCCUGGAUGCCUUUUUGCAUAUGCUUUUGAUUGAUAACUUCAUCCAUGCGGAUCUGCACCCAGGGAACAUUAUGGUGCGAUUCUACCAGCCGAGUGAACUUGAUCUAUCUCUACGCAAGCAUUCACGGGCUACUGAUGCCCCGACUCGCGCGGAGGUAGAUGUAACUGAAUCCGUACUUGCUCGGUUGCGUCCCCAUAUCGGCAACCAGCAGGAAUGGGAUGCAGCUCUAACCCAGUUAAAUCACGAGGGAUUUCGUCCGCAAUUGAUAUUCAUUGACACUGGCCUGGUGACCGAGCUCAAUGAUGACAACCGACGGAACUUCUUGGACCUUUUCCGAGCCAUCGCCGAAUUCGACGGAUACAAAGCAGGCCAUCUUAUGGUUGAACGAUGCCGUACCCCGGAACAAGUCCUCGAACCUGAAGUUUUCUCAUUGAAAAUGCAGCAUCUUGUGCUGAGUAUUAAGACGCGCACGUUUGCACUGGGAAAUAUCAAGAUCGGCGAUGUGCUAAGUGAGGUCCUGACAAUGGUUCGCGGUCACCAUGUCCGGUUUGAAGGCGAUUUUGUCAACGUGGUCAUAUCAUGUCUCCUACUUGAAGGCAUUGGACGAAGUUUGAACCCUGAUUUAGAUUUGUUUAAGAGCUCUCUCCCCAUUCUUCGGCAGUUGGGCUCUGGCUCCACCUUUAUACAGACAGUGCGUUCGGGGGAUACAUCGAUGCUCCGUGUCUGGGUCGGCUUAGAGGCUCGUGGACUGCUGCAGGCCAGCAUCGAGAGUGUGGAGCAGUGUGUCAAGUAUGACCAGUUGUCGCCAAAUAUUUGA